UUUUUUUUAUAAUUUGUAUUAUCAAUUAGAAAAUAAAUUCAAACUGACACUUUAAAUCAAACGUUUUAAAAUGUCAGCCUACACAGAGCCCAGCACCAAUGCUGACACUGACGCUGGGUUUUCGGCGCGCAGCAUCCUCAGCGAAGCGUUUGCUUCCCCUGCGCCGCGCCAGGCACCACCACCGCAGCCACAGCCACAGCCACAACUAAAGUCACAGCCACAGUCACAGCCAAAGUUGCAGCCGCAGCAGCGCACAGUGGACGUCAGCAAGCACAGCUCCCAUGUCAGCAAAUUUUCGAUCUCCGGAGUAUCUCGCAUCCGGCCCGGGUUCCUCAGCGACCUCCUCCAGCCAGUCUUCGCAGCACAAACAAUUAAGCAGACAGUCGACGAGACCCGCGAAGCAGCCGGCAAGCUACACGCCUUGGGCAUAGCCAAAGCCGUCGCCGUUGAGGUUGACCAAGCAGACAAUGGCCUGCACGUGCAUUUCCAUUGUGAGGAUGGCAGCCGGUAUAUUAUCAAAACUGGCGUUGAUGUCGGGGACAACGAGGGUACGGCGAGUAUCACCGGGCGGCUCAACAAUAUCUGGGGCGGCGGCGAGACGCUUGAGGCAAAUUAUGCGCGCGGAAACCGCACACAGGCGGCAAUGCAGGCGACGCUGAGUGUGCCGGUGGCGGCGGAUCCGCGGAAACGCAUGGAUCUGGCAGCCACACAGGUGACGCUAAGCGGCCGACCCUACAGUGCGCAUGAUGAGCUAAGGCGCACAUGGACGGCUGCAUACCGCGAGAACCGCCCUGAGGGCAUUCAUGAGCUGCUGUAUGCCUUGAGCUGGCGCAAUAUCUGCGCGCUAGGCGCCAAUGCUUCGCCGACAUUGAGGGAGGACGCCGGCCAUUCGCUCAAGUCAUCCGUGGCGUACAAUUUUACGCGCGACUCGCGCGAUUCGCCGACGGUGCCGACCACUGGGUCGUAUGUGCGUGUGGGGUCGGAGGCGGCCGGAAUUGGCGGCGACGUGCGGUUUGUGCGCUCGCUGGCUGAAGCCCAGACAAAUCGCGAUUUGGGCCGUGGCUUUGUCCUCAGCAGUGGCAUCCAGGGAGGGCUGCUGUGGGGCGGCGGGGCGCGCACGUAUGUUUCGGAUCGGUUUUUCUUGGGCGGCAGCACCAGCGUCCGCGGCUUUGAGCAUCGCGGGAUUGGGCCGCAUGAUGGCCAGGACAGCAUUGGCGGAGAUGCCUUUUAUGCGCUGGGCCUGAGCUUGCUGACCCCGUUGCCCUGGGUAAAGACGGACGCGCUGAGGGGGCAUUUGUGGGCCAAUGCUGGCCAAUGCGCCCUGCUGGAUGCCCGCGGCUUGGGCAAUCCUGAGAAAACCGGCGAGGUGCACCGCUUCUUGACGUCGCCGUCGGCGUCGGUUGGGUUCGGCCUGGUGUACCGUCACAGCAUGGUGCGUGUCGAGCUCUCCUGCUGCCUACCCAUUGUGGCCACAGCAACCGACCGACCCAACCCUGGCCUGCACUUUGGCCUGGGUCUCCAAUUCCUCUAAAACCCUUCACCCUCCUUUUGGUUUUAAAAAAACAUUAUUAUUAUUAUUAUUAUUAUU